UAUUCUAAUUCUUUGAUGAAAUUCAUUAUUUCAUGCCUAUUAAUAUUUUAAUUAUUUCUAGCAAUUCAAAAGUCAAAACUGUGUCUUUACAAAAUGUGCCAUUAUAAAGAAAAAUUAACGACAGUAAAGAUAUAUCUUAAUAUAUGUUACUACAUUAAUUAGUGUUUGUUUUUCAUGUUUUGUAGAGGAUUUUUAUCAAAAACAAACAAUCGAUUUUAGUGCUAAUGAUUUAUUGGAUUUUACUAAGUAAUUGUAUACAAUGUUGGGCGAUGAUGUCGAGAAUCGACAUGACCCUCCGGGCGUCAACUCCCGAUCACUGAGUGUUGCGCACACGGCUGCUGAUUUAGAGGUGCUCCGAGAAAUAGAGAAUGUAUACUUCUCACCACCGUCAGAGUUUGACGCAGCGCGGUAUGUGCUAUCACAUGCACCAUCACCACCUACCUGUGAGGCUGUUGAGGUUAUGUUCACAAAGUUGAAGCGGCAACAACAGGUUGUGUCAGGUAAAGCACUACAUUUGAUAUCCCAACAGAGAGAUAACUGCGACAGGGAGUUUGCAGAGAUACAAAACAUUCGGCAACAGCUCGCUAUAACAUUAAAAACGUGUAAAGAAGCGAGACAGCAUUUAUCAAAUGCAUCCAAUCAUCUCACAAUAUCCACAUUAGUUAUAUUAGCGAAUGUAAGAAAGAGACAGAUAAUCAAAAAAGUAUUAAAAUCAUUAGAAUUAUUACAAAGCUUAAGAAGUGUUGAAAAAGAUGUCAAAGAGUAUACUUGUAUUGCUGACUUAUCUAUAAGACUAAACGAUACUUUGUGUAUGACUGAAGAAAAAUUAGAUUCCGUAUUAGCAAAUAUUUGUUAUAAUUUCGAUGAAGAUGUUUUUAUGAAAUUGAAAAAGGCAUACGAUCUGUUAGGUAAAACUCAAGCGGCGAUGGAACAGUUACAUAUGCAUUAUUCGUCCGCUGUUAAUGAAUCUGCGAUAGACGCUUUAAAACCAUAUAUAAAUGAUGUUGAUUUGAAAUUUCAAGAUAUGUGUUCGGAAGUGAAUAUUAACAAAGCAUCUGUCUGUUUGUUAAAUUUGUGUGAGAAAUUGUUUAUGGUUAUGAGAAGUUAUUAUUUGCUAGUCGAUUGGCAUAACAAAUAUGAUGAUGUUAAGUCAAAUAACGUUUUUGAUAUUGAAAAGAAUGUAAGCAGAGAAUAUAUAAGACAGAAGUUAAAAGCGGGAUUGAUAAGAAUAUGGCAUGAUGUGCAGACUAAGGUGUCAACUUUUCUGAAGUGUUCAGAUUUAAAAGAUUAUCCAUUCGAGAAGUUUAUACAAAUGUUAGGUGUGUUAAGGAAAUUGACACAAGUAGCUGAAAUAUUUUGCGGUGAUAAAUCAGAUUUGUUGCAAGAUUUUAUAAAAACGCAGAGCGUAUCUUAUAUUAAAAAUUAUCACAGAGGUAGGAUGGAAGAAUUGAAAUUAUUUUUAGAGAACGAGGGAUGGGAGCAAUGUCCGGUUAAAUCUACAUUCAAUUUAUUGAAUCUACAAGAAUUUAAACAGUUCAAAAAGUAUUUGAAUCCAAAAAUUGAACAGUCUCUAAAUAAAACUGGUACACAAUCUGAUACAACCUUUUCAGUACAUUCACAAGACGAUAGUGUGUAUAUCGCAAGAUAUUUCAAAUAUAAAACAACACACACACCUUUCGAAAUGUUUCAUGAUGAAAAUAUCACAAAUGAUGAUAUAUUCGGUAUAGAAACUGAAUUAGUACCGAGUGAUGAUUCUGAUGACGAACCUGAUGAAUUAAAAGGAGAUUACGUCGAUGAUGAUAGGAUACAUUGCGAUAAAAUAUCGAACAGCGUGAUAGUAACGAAUACGACAUUAUCUGUGUUAAGGAAUUGCGGCCAGUAUCUACAAAUAAGUAGAUAUUUACCACAAAUAUCGUUAGAAGUGAUAAUGUUGAUGAACCAAUUGUUUGAUUAUUAUUUUUACGCUGUUCAUUUAUUUUUCACUUCAGAUUUAGAGGUGGCUUCCUCUACUUUGUAUAGUACAAAAUUAACAUCUACCCUCAAACGAAUAUCUAAUAAUAUUAAUUCAGAAGAUUUUGUGCUAUCACCGGUGUUGCCACAACAUUUAGAUAUGAAUUCCGAAGCAACAUUACACGGGCUGUGUGAGAGGAUAGUUGCUGUAGAAAGUGUUAUAUUUUUGGCUAAACAAUUUGAAUCUCUGCAACCUUAUUUAGAUACCAUCGUAGCUCAACAUCAAAGAAUGAUUUUAGAACAUUUUAAAAAUAAUACUCUAGCGGUUGCUACUGAUUUACGUAUGCCUGUGUAUAUGUGUUCCGCAGCUAAGGCAGUUGACGCAAAAACUGCGUUAAUCGCAAUGUCUCAAGUAAAAUGGGACGUGAAAAACGUCGCAGUAGAACAUAGCCCAUACGUUGAUAUGAUUAUUAGGAAAAUACAAAUUUUUGCCCUUCGUUUAGAAAAUAUAUCAAGUAAAGUAUCAUUGAAUCGUGAAGUGUUGAAUUCUAUAUGGUUUAUGGUAUCUAAAUUUGUAGUACAUUUGUUAGUUGAAGGUUUUUCUAAUGCGACAAAAUGCACUAAUGGAGGUCGAGGUCUUAUGCAAUUGGAUUAUAGGCAGUUGUUUGUAAAAUUGGAGAAAAUAUCUGGAUUGAAGCCAAUACCUUACCAGGAAUAUGUAGAUAGAUAUGUUAAAGCGUAUUAUUUACCGAGGAAAGGUCUAGAAGAGUUUGUACAGGAGAGAACCGAGUAUUCGAAUAAACAUUUGUUAGCGCUAGUUACUUGCGCUUGUGAAAACAAACGUGAUAGGCAAGCUUUGACAUCUCUUAUAGAAGGAAGAGAAUCUUAGUAUUUAGAUAUUUUAAAAUCACCGCAAAAGCGUUCAACCGCCAUUUUAAUCAUGAAUAAUUCUGGUUGACAACGCAAAUGUCAUCGCGAAACGUCAACUUGUCGAUGCUCACCUCUACAUCUUCAUAUCGCUUACUAAAUGCUUAAUUUUACUCUAAAAUAGAUGCAAUAUAAAGUAAAUAUUUCUCAGAUUGUGUUUAGUGAUUCUAAUGCAUUUUAGAAACUUCCGGAAUGAUUAAAUUCACUUAGCAUAGAACUGUUUAUCAAAAAUUCCCGCCCUUUUAUCUGUCAAGUGUCAAACUUUUUUGUAGAUCAUAGACAAGUUUUGUUGCCGUUGAUGAUAAGAAGAAGAAUAAAAAACUUAAUUUGAUGCACUAAUAAACUUUAUUAGAUAUGGUAAAUAUACAUUGAAAAGCUCAUUUACACGAAUAUUAAAAAUUAGCCGCUGCCCCCGAUAUUGUUUUAAAAUUAAAAAUGGUAAUAAA